AAAGACUCUUGUUCCCUACCAUCACGAUGGACGAACGCACGACCCAGUUCGUUAUCCAGAGCAACUACCAGCCGCUGGACGUCAUUGGUGAAGGCGCAUAUGGCGUCGUGUGUUCCGCGCUGCACAUGCCCACUCAGCGCAAGGUCGCAAUAAAGCGCAUCACCCCCUUCGACCACAGCAUGUUCUGCCUGCGCACCCUGCGCGAGAUCAAGCUCCUCCGGCACUUCCACCACGAGAACAUCAUCGCGAUCCUCGAUAUCCUGCGUCCCCCCAGUUUGCAAGACUUCACGGAGGUGUAUCUUGUGCAGGAGCUAAUGGAGACGGACCUGCACCGUGUUAUACGGACACAGGAGCUCAGUGACGAUCACUGCCAAUAUUUCAUCUACCAGACCCUCCGCGCUCUUAAGGCGCUUCACUCUGCAGAUGUACUGCACCGAGACCUCAAACCCUCCAACCUCCUCUUGAACGCAAAUUGCGAUCUCAAGCUAUGCGACUUCGGUCUCGCACGGUCCGCACGACCGCCUCCAAAUGUAGAGGACAGCAGCACAUUCAUGACGGAAUACGUUGCAACAAGAUGGUAUCGCGCCCCCGAAGUCAUGCUCACCUUCAAAGAGUACACUCGAGCCAUAGACAUGUGGUCCGUCGGCUGCGUCCUCGCUGAGAUGCUCAGCGGCAAGCCCCUCUUCCCCGGCAGAGACUAUCACCACCAGCUGUCGAUCAUUCUCGACAUCCUUGGCACGCCCUCGCUGGACGACUUCUACGCCAUCACCUCGCAGCGCUCGCGCGAGUACAUCCGCGCGCUCCCAUUCCGCAAAAAGAAGAGCUUCCGGUACCUCUUCCCGGACGCGAACCCGCUCGCGGUCGACCUCCUUGAGCAGCUGCUCACCUUCAGCCCGAAGCGCCGCAUCGACGUCGAGCAGGCGCUCAAGCACCCGUACCUCGCGCCAUACCACGACCCGCAGGACGAGCCGACGGCCGAACCCCUCGACCCGUCCUUCUUCUCCUUCGAUAACGGGGAGCAAAUGCGGAAAGAGGACCUGAAAGUACUGAUUUACGAGGAAGUCACUCGGCCGCAGCCCUUCCAGCUCUCCGAAGAGGCAUAGUGCCCCUUGUUCCGUCUUCUCUCCGCGUGCUUCGUGCAUAGAUGUCCAGCGGCGUUUGACACGUCCUGGAUUCUUUGGUUGGUGAUAUAAUGCGCAAUUGCAAUGCAUCCUCAUAUAUCUUAUUGCUAUAAUCUGGCACAUUACAUAGCCUGUUUACUUACUUCUGUGGUGGAAUGCAGUGGCGUCUUGCAUACAAGGGCCU